AUGGGUUUUGCUGUCUCCGACGAAUUGCUGGGCACUGUUGCUCCGAUUGUGGUUUAUUGGCUUUAUUCCGGGAUUUACGUCGCGCUAUCGUCUCUCGAGGGUUACAGAUUGCAUUCCAAAGCUGAGGAAGAAGAGAAGAAUCUCGUCUCGAAAUCUUCCGUCGUGAAAGGCGUUCUUCUUCAGCAGCUCGUCCAAGCUGUUGUCGCUAUCAUCUUGUUCACGGUCACAGGAAGUGAUGCUGAAGUAGACGAAAAGCUUUCCCUACUGGUCCUAGCGAGACAGUUUGUGACGGCAAUGAUAGUCCUCGACACAUGGCAAUACUUCAUCCAUCGAUACAUGCAUCACAACAAGUUCUUAUACAAGCAUAUCCACUCUCAGCACCACCGUCUUAUCGUCCCUUACGCAUACGGAGCCUUAUACAACCAUCCAGUGGAAGGUCUUCUCUUGGAUACAGUUGGUGGCGCUUUAUCUUUCCUGAUCUCCGGUAUGUCUCCAAGAACUUCAAUCUUCUUCUUCUCUUUUGCGACUAUCAAAACCGUGGACGACCAUUGCGGUCUCUGGCUUCCCGGAAACCUGUUCCAUAUGGUCUUUAAGAACAACUCUGCUUACCAUGACGUGCAUCAUCAGCUUUAUGGAAGCAAAUUCAAUUUCUCUCAGCCUUUCUUUGUCGUGUGGGAUCGGAUUCUGGGGACUUAUAUGCCUUAUUCUCUUGAGAAAAGAGCAGAUGGAGGACUUGAAGCACGUCCGACUAAAGAAUUCAAAGACGAUUGA